UAAGAAACAGCGGGAGUGGUUCACUGAAGCUAAUGUCGUCAUAAUAGCACAAGUGCCUCUAGCCACUCACACAAUACACCAUCUGAUCCGUUUCUUUUGCGGCACUUAUAAGGACCUUGGAUUGUAUCUUUAGAUUUUGCCUCAGUCAUUAUUGCCUUUGUUUCAGGCUUGAAAUUCUCGAUACCCAAGUUCAACCAUCAAAGAACCAAUUACUAUACAACAACAUGACCGACAAGACCUUCUAUCUUACUCGAGAGGACCUCCGUAAGUCUGAAUCUCGCUCAAGUCAGCUGCAUGAUGGACGGACUCCCGGAGACGCAAACGUUUCUACUCUGAAGUCUUAUAUCGAUCGCAACGUCGACAAGCGGAGAGAAAUUGAUGAGAAUAAGUCGAAUCUGCCUUUACCUGACCAACCUCCAGUGCCCAGCGACUGGCAAUCUUCAGACUCCAGAGGCAUCAAUGUUGGCACCGGAGGGGUGGAGGGCCCUAUCUCCGGUGAAGGUAACAGUGCUUUGAGACAACCUGCCACUGCAGUAAGCAGUGCGCGGGUGUCAGGAGAGGAACUGGGCAGAAAUACCGAGCCUGGAGAGGAUGUUGGUCGACAAGGCAAGGACCAUCUAGAUCGUUUACCGAAAGAUGCUCGGGCAUGGUGA